CUCCUGGGUAGCUCCCAACCAGUGUCAGUGGCUCAUGGGUAAGAGCUUGGUGAAGAGGACACGGUAUAAAAAGAGUUGCGGGACCAGGCAGCACCAAGAGAAAGUGGCAGCUUUCACCAAUGCAGAUCCAAUAAACGUGGAAUAUUCGCAAGGUCAGGAAAAAAGCCGCUUUGCGCAUACAGCCUUUAUCUCUAAUUCGUAGCCCGCCACCGGAGAGGACACCAUGGCACUGCUGACGAAUUAUUGGAUGUGUUUGGUCACCCUGUCAUCGACGGUGACCAUGGGCCACGCGCUGAGAAGAAUCACCCUGAAGAAGAUGCCAUCUAUCAGAGAGACUCUGUGGGAGAUGGGUGUUUCUGCAGAGCAGGUGUUGACGGAGCUAAGCCAGAAGAGCCCGUCAGACAACAACAAUGGCACUGUUCCCACACCUCUGACCAACUACUUGGAUACCCAAUACUUUGGAGAAAUCAGUAUUGGCUCUCCGGCGCAGAUGUUCAAUGUGGUGUUUGACACGGGCUCAGCCAACCUGUGGAUUCCCUCGCAAAGCUGCUCGCCUUUCUCCACUGCAUGUUUUACUCACAACAGGUAUGACGCCUCCAAGUCCUGGACUUAUGUAGAGAAUGGAACGGGGUUUUCCAUCCAGUACGCAUCUGGAAAUGUCAGGGGAUUCCUGAGUGAAGAUGUGGUCGUGGUUGGUGGUAUUCCUGUGGUGCAGGUGUUUGCUGAGGCCACCUCUCUGUCUGCCAUGCCCUUCAUCUUCGCCAAGUUUGAUGGAGUCCUGGGGAUGGGUUAUCCCAACUCAGCGAUCGAUGGCAUCACUCCAGUGUUUGAUCGCAUCAUGUCUCAGCAUGUCCUCAAGGAAGAGGUGUUCUCUGUCUACUACAGCAGGGACCCAAAACACUCCCCUGGCGGAGAGCUGGUCCUCGGCGGCACAGACCCUAACUACUACACUGGAAACUUUAACUACAUGAACACGAAAGAGAUGGGCAAAUGGGAAGUUACCAUGAAAGGCGUGUCUGUGGGGACGGAGAUGAUGUUUUGUGCAGAGGGCUGCACAGCUGUAAUCGACACAGGCUCCUCCUACAUCACAGGCCCAGCCUCCGCUGUGUCUGUCCUGAUGAAAACCAUCGGAGCACAGCUGGAUGAAAGUGGAUACAAAGUCAACUGUGACACUGUCAAGACGUUGCCCAGUGUCACUUUCUACCUGGGUGGUCAGGAGUACUCACUCACUCAGGAGGAUUACAUCUUAUGGCAAUCUCAGAUAGAAGGGGAUGUCUGCACCGUCACAUUCAGGGGCUUGGAUGUGCCGCCCCCUACAGGUCCCAUCUGGAUUCUGGGGGCCAACUUCAUUGCCCGCUUCUACACAGAGUUUGACCGUCGCAAUAAUCGGAUAGGCUUUGCCACAGCAGUCUGACCGGAAGUUAAACAACAGCAGUGCCUGUUUUUCUUCUCCACUUUUUUUUGCUGCUAUCGCUCAAUGUUUUCUUGACACUUCUUUUAUCCAGUUCUUCCUCCCUUUGCAUUGUCAUGAUCAAAACAAAUCAGAUUUAUAAAAUGGUAAAGGAUGCACAUUUCUUGCAAACACUGCUCCCCUGCUAUAUCAUAUUUUGUACCAGUUGCACUGAACACAUUCUGAUAAUGUUUUUAUUUAUAAUCAUUUACCAGCAAAUGUGUGUGAAUCUGCUGAUCAUCAUCAUACAGUGACAGCAGAAUUGCAUAUCUGUAUUGUACUGACGUAACAAGAAUAAACUUGUUUACUGGGA